CCCGCUCACUCUUUGGUUUUUAAUUUUUGAAUCAAAAGAAACAAACCAAAACACGAAUCUAGGGUUUGGUUGUUCGAUUCUCUGAAACCAAUAUGCAUGCGAACGUCAAUGGAGAAAGAAGGUGAGGCAGCAGUGGAUCCUCUCGCCAAUUAUUGGGGACUUUCCCUCUUUACUUUGCCAUCUCUUCUUCCACCUUCCCAACCCUACAACUCAGACUUAGAUCUUCAAACCAUCCACACUCACCUCAAAUCCAUGGCCUUGCGGAGUCCCGCGAAACUAGUGCAGGAAGCCAAGUCUGUUUUGGAUGAUAACCCUAAUCUGUUCGGCUCUGAGAUCACGCAAGACUCAACUUUUCAAACAACAAAUGGUGCAGGAGAGGAUGGAGAUUUUCGUCGACAACAGAGACCUGGGUUGGGGCUCAAACGUCCACGCUUCUCUAUGAAGCCAACUACAAAGCCCUCUGUUGAGAGUUUGCUUCCAACUUUGGACCUUGAUAGCUUGAAAGAUCCGGUGGAAUUCUUCUUGGCCCAUGAACGGUUGGAAAAUGCAAAAAGAGAAAUACAGAAGCAGCUGGGUGAUGCCUCGUUUGAGUCUGAUCAAGAUAGCUUGUCUACUAGACCACGACAACGUCGACCUGGUCUUUUGGGGAAGGAUCAAUUGCCAAUCAGAUACAAGCAUCGAUAUCCCAGAGAAACCUCUGACAGUGUUCUGUCCUCCCAGGAUACGCUUGGGUCUCAGACUCUUGAUCCCGUGGCCGAGAAAACUGACAUAGAUGAAGCCUAUAUGCUAUCAUCGAAAAAAGAAGUAAUGGAUUCAUCUGCUACUAAAGGGGACAAGCUCGAUGAAUUGUUGGAUGGAUUGCUUUCAUGCAAUUCUGAGGAUCUAGAGGGGGAUGGGGCAAUUAGUCUUUUGCAGGAGAGGUUACAGAUCAAACCCGUAGCUGUAGAUAAAUUUUCUAUUCCGAUCUUCCCAGAUAGCCAAGUGACUGUUCUGAAAUCAUUGCAAGGGAACAAGUCAAAGCCAAGGAAGGCUUUAUCCGACAUAGAUAACUUGUUGAAAGGAAUGAAUACGAAUAAGAAGACACCAUCUAAAAAGUCUGCACAGAUCCCUGUGCAGCAAUUAUCUUCACCCACCCCUCCAAGAAGUCCAUUUGCUUCAGUCUUGUCACUGCAGAAGCACAUUUCAAGGUCAAGGCAAUCAAUGGGUCCUUUUUCACUUAAUGAAAUUGGUAUGGAAAAAUCAGAACUCAAUCUUGUUCCUGGGGGACCGAAUGAAUUGAAGGCUCACAUGAUUGAAGAUGUUGUUAGAGUUGGUAAGAUCAGUACAGUUUUGGACACAGACAAAAAUUACACCAAUACAUCUGGAAAACCAAAGGAAGACAAUUCUAGAAAAUCACUGAAUGAACUGAAUGCGUCCUCAACUCAAGAUAUAAUUGUAGUUGGUGGGACAAGCGAGGCUAAUGAAACUGUCACUAAUGGUACCAGUACAUCUCGUAAGUUCAUAGAGGGUAAUUCAAGGGAACCUCGGUUCGAUGUUGAUAUUGACUCAAGUGAACUUCAUUUUGACAUAGAUGUUGGAGGCAGUGGAAUGGACAAAAUGGUUAGCACAGAGGACAGGUCGAACGUUGAGCCAAACAUGAUCGAAGAUUUUGUUGCUGUUGACCAGACAAGAAUAGUUUUGGAUACAGACAUAAAUUGCACCCGUGCUUCUGAUAUUUCCAAGGAAGAGAGUUCUGAGAAGUCAACAAAUGAACUGAUUGUGUCCUCAAUUGAAGAUAUAACUGCAGUUAGUGGGACAAGUUUGGCUGAGGACACUGCCAGAAAUUGUACAAGUACUCCUCAAAAGUCCAUUGAGGAUAAUUCGAGGGAACCCAAGUCUGUUAAAAGUGUCGAUUCAUAUGAACCUCUUGUUCACAUGGAUGUAGACGUUGGAGGCAGUGAUAUGGGCGAAAGGGUUAUGGAUGACAUUGAGGAAAGUUUGGAUAUUGAUGCACACAUGGUUGAAGAUGUCGUUGCUGCAAUCAAGACAAGUACAGUAUUGGAGACAGACAUAAAUGUUAAAAGCAGUUGUAUGGGUGAAAGGGUUAUGCAUGAGGCAAAUGAAACCUGUCAAUCCAAGGACAAAGCAGGAAAUAUGCUGGCAUUUACAACUUCAACUCAAAGCGAUGAUACAAAUCUCAACAUGGACAGUCCACUAGCUGAUCAAUUUGAUCCUGCUGGAUGUCAAGCCAAUGCUGUGGAUAAACGAGCCAGAAGAACAGAAGAUGAUCAAUCCAAUCCCACUGGAUAUGAAGCCAAUAUUCUACAGGAAAAGACAGAUGCUUCUAUGCAGCCUGUUAAAAAACAAAGGAGAGUUAAAUCACGUGCGCAAACAAAUGUUUCCAAACGGAAAAGCCUUGCAGCUUCCGGUACAUCAUGGAAUUCUGGAUUAAGGAGAAGCACCAGGAUCAGGACAAGGCCAUUGGAAUACUGGAAAGGGGAAAGACCAGUGUAUGGUCGCAUACACCAAAGUUUGGCUACUGUCAUUGGGGUGAAGUGCAUCUCUCCAGGAAGUGAUGGAAAACCGACUAUGAAAGUGAAGUCUUAUGUAUCAGAUCAGCACAAAGAGCUUUUUGAGUUGGCAUCUUUAUAUUGAACAUAAAACAAGUUCCUUGGAUUUGUUCUCUACAUCGAUUCUAAUCACAUCUUUAUAUUGAACAUAAAACAAGUUCCUUCGAUUUGUAGCUAUAAUCAGUAAAAUCAGUAGUUAAUUGUGUUAA